AAAUUAUCAGUCAAGUUUCCAACAUCAAACAACAACAAUCAGCAUCAAUUUGCUCGUGAAUUCGAAAAUAGUUGCUUAAUCUGUGAAUCUAAUAAAAACUAACCAAACCAAAAUGAAUAAGAAAUUGAUUCUCUUUAUUGCCAUUUUCUCAGUUAUCUUCAUCAACAUUGCUAAUUGUGAAUCAAGUGACACAGAGCCCAGUGAAGUUGAAGAAGGCGAGGACAAUUUUGAGGACGACGAAGCUGACGAAGGCGAGAUCGAAAGUCGAAACAAAAGAGAAGUCGGAUCUGAUCUGGAAGAGGCUGAAACUGCCGUCGGUGGUAAAGGAGCUGCUGGCGUUGUGGGCUUUAAGGGAGGUAAAAAAGGUGCAGCAGCAGCAGGUUUCAAGGCUGGCAAGAAAGGUAAAGCGGGAUUCAAAGCUGGAGCCGCUGGUAAGAAAGCUGGGGCUGCUUUCGGAGCUGCUGGAGCCGCUGGAGGUAAAAAAGGGGCUGCAGCAAAGAAAGGUUUUGCUUCUGGUGCAUUUGGUAAGAAAUUCGGCAAAAAGGGAGGAUUUGCUAAGGCGGGUGGAGCUGGUUUCAAUAAGAAAAUGGGAGUUGUCAAAACUUUCGGAAGCAGCCAAGGCUUCAAAUUCGGUAAAGCUGCUGGCUUUGGUGCCGCUGGAGGAGCCAUGGGGGCAAAAGGAGCUAAAGGAGGAGUCGCCGGUGCUAAAGGAGCUGCCGCCUUCAAGAAAGGAGCCAAAGGAGGAAAAGUUGGAUUCGCAGGAGGUAAGGCUGGAAAAGCCGGUGCAAAAGCUGGUGCAGCUGCUGCAACUGGAUUCAAGAAAGCGGCUGGUGCUGCUGGUGCUGCUGGUGUCAAGAAAGUUGCUGUGGGUGGAAAAGGAUUAUUAGGUUAAAAGUCAAUCUAAAACUCAGUUAAAUUUUUUACACUAAUUACCUUUAUUAACUUUCACUUUUAACCAUCUUCAAUUGACUGUAAAUUGUUCAAAUUUUUUAUUAACCUUUCGAUACAAUUAUUAAACGAACUUUGUUAUUAACCAUCA